UGCAUUUUCGAUUUUUAUCCAAAAAAAAUCGACAUAAUCUUAUACAUAUUUUUUGUCGGCUUGUUGGAAAUCAACAUGUCUAAACGCGCUGCUGACGACAACAGCGGAGGUGGUGGUGCCUCUGCCAACACGAAUCUUGGCCAGCCACCAAUUAAGAAGGUUCAUUUCGAGCCUCAUUUGAUAGGACCUGUGUCCACUUUGGAAGAGAUGGACAUAAAGGUUUUGGAAUUUCAAAACAAGAAAUUGGCUCAGCGUAUAGAGCAACGUAUGCGCACCGAGGCCGAACUGAGGCAUCGCAUUGAACAGCUAGAGAAGAGGCAGACGCAAGACGAUGCUGUCCUCAAUGUUGUAAAUCGCUAUUGGAAUCAGUUGAAUGAGGACAUACGUGUCUUACUUCAAAGGUUUGAUGCCGAAACGGCAGAUGAAUUGGAGAAUCGCAAUGAAAAUGAGGUCACGACUUCGUUCUUAACUCAGUUGUCUACGUGGGACAAAGAGGAGCUGGACGAUAAAUUGGCCAAUCGUGUACAGGUAUCAAAGCGAGCUGUAGCCAAAGUUGUGCAAGUCAUUGACCGCGUAAUGCAAAGAAAUGAAAAAAUCACAAUGGCUCUAAAGGGCGAAGUCCCAUCGACGGCGCCAGCUGGUGCUGGGACAUCAGGCGAAAGUGCCGGCGAAGAAUCCCAAACCGAUUCCUCAACUAAUAACACUUUGCCCAACAUCGAGGAAACCCUCAAACAAAACCACAUUGAGAUUAUGACCGAGAAUCGCAAUUUACAAAAUCUCAAUACGUCGCUACAUGAAAAAUUCCAUACAAUGUCAUUGAAAAUGAAAGAGUACCAGGAUGCUUUAACUGCAAAGGAGACUGAAAAUGCCGAAUUAAAAAAUCAGAUAGAUGAACUUCAAUACGAUUUGGAGAAAAUUCAUUGUCGUAACGAUAAGUUGGAAAAUCACUUAGCGGAAGCUAUAGAGAAGUUAAAGGCAUACCACCAAAUGCAUGGCGAUCCCAAUAAAAGUUCCUCUACGUCGAAAGGGUCUGGACAUACCCACGUCAGUAGCCAUCAGGUGGAAGAUUUGCAAAAGGAACUAGAAGAGUAUCGAGAAUUGGCAAACAAUCGUUUGCAGGAACUGGAUAAGCUACAUGCCACCCAUAGGGAGACCCUAAAGGAGGUUGAGAAACUCAAGAUGGAUAUUCGUCAAUUGCCGGAAUCUGUUAUUGUGGAAACUACGGAAUACAAAUGUCUGCAAUCCCAAUUUUCUGUACUUUACAAUGAGUCCAUGCAAAUCAAGACGAUGUUGGAUGAAACUAGAAACCAAUUGCAAACCAGCAAGAAUCAACAUCUGCGACAAAUCGAAGUAAUGGAAAGUGAAGAGUUGAUUGCCCAGAAAAAGGUGCGCAGUGAAAUGAUUCAAAUGGAAGAUGUCCUAGCUCAAAUUCGUAAAGAAUAUGAGGCUUUACGCAUAGAGUAUGAGCAAAAUAUGGCUGCUAAUGAACAGACGGCACCUAUCAAUCGGGAAAUGCGACAUCUUAUAACUUCCUUACAGAAUCACAAUGCCCAGUUGAAGGGCGAGGGUUAUCGCUAUAAACGUAAGUACAAAGAUGCAUCUGCAGACAAUGUAAAAUUGCGUAGAGAGUUAGAGGAGGCAGUAGCAAAAUUGGAGGGAAAUAAACAACAAAGUACUCCCAGCCAGGGCACAAAUGGCGAUGACGUUAAACAAGAAGGAUGCUCUGCUGUUAAAGAGGAAUAUCCGGGUACAUCGAGUGGCGCCGUUGGCAGUACGACGGCCUUGAGCGAGGGUCAAAGCGUUAAAGAUGAGGGAAGCGCUCCCGUAAAAUCUGAAGAUGAAACAAUGGAUGAUGACAUAUCGAAAGACCAAAAAGAGGGCAUCAAGAAGGAGCAGUCAUCACCAGGUGGACCCGAAAAGAAAGAACAGGCGGCCGCUACUGCUGCAGGUUCAACCCCCACAGGAGCGGGUGGAGCCGGGGCUGUUAAGCAGGAAAAAGAUGCCAAGGAUGUUCAAAAAGCAAAAGAAGUCAAAGUGCAAGAGUCCGAAAUGGUGCGAGACUUGAAAGCACAACUAAAAAAAGCUCUAAACGAUCAAAAGGAAAUGAAGCUGUUGCUCGACAUGUACAAAGGUGUCUCGAAGGAUCAACGAGACAAAGUGCAGUUAAUGGCAACAGAGAAGAAAUUGAGAUCAGAAAUAGAAGAUCUGCGGCAGCAGCUAAAGAAAAUUCAGGAAAGCAAACGCGAAGAGCGUAAGAAAUUGGCAGAUGAGGAAGCUUUGCGAAAAAUCAAGCAACUUGAAGAACAAAAGUAUGAACUUCAAAAGCAAGUUGCCAGUCAGAAACCACCGGACAACAAUUGGGGUCCUGGGGGUCCAAAUUAUGCUCGUCCUUUUGUGGGAUCUCAUGAGGAAGAAGCGCUGCUUAAUGAGAUGGAAGUCACAGGCCAAGCCUUCGAAGAUAUGCAGGAACAGAACUCAAGACUCAUUCAGCAACUGCGGGAGAAAGAUGAUGCAAAUUUCAAGCUUAUGUCCGAGCGUAUAAAAGCCAACCAAAUGCACAAGCUGCUCAGAGAAGAAAAGCAAAUACUGGAAGAUCAAAUGGCCACUAGAGAUACACAGAUAGAAGCAAUGCAUAUAGUGUUACGUAAGCUAGAAGAGAAAGAGCGUAGUCUGCAAGCCACCGUGGCGUCAAUAGAAAAGGAACUGGUGCUGCGGCAGCAAGCAAUGGAAAUGCAUAAACGCAAAGCCAUAGAGUCCGCCCAGUCGGCGGCCGAUCUCAAGCUACAUUUAGAAAAGUACCAUGCCCAAAUGAAAGAGGCUCAACAGGUGGUGGCUGAGAAGACCAGCUCUCUGGAAGCAGAGGCCUAUAAAACCAAACGUCUGCAGGAGGAACUGGCUCAAUUCAAGCGGAAGGCGGAACGCAUGAAGAAAAUUGAGAUGGCUGGCACCACCAUUGAUGAGGUUAUGCUGGAAGAGAUUCGAGAAUAUAAAGAGACGCUCACUUGUCCUUCGUGUAAAGUUAAACGCAAAGAUGCCGUGCUCUCGAAAUGCUUUCACGUCUUCUGUUACGAUUGCCUGCGUACUCGUUAUGAGACACGACAGCGCAAGUGUCCCAAGUGUAAUUGUGCGUUUGGUGCCAACGAUUAUCAUCGCUUGUAUUUAACAUAAGCAGUAUAACACACAACACACACACCCACAACCAUACACAGCAAAGAAAACAGGAGAAGUACACAGAGGAAGGAAUAAAUAGAUGCAUUGAUCACUUAAUUCAUUACACUUCCAUUAUAAUGUUUACGUAUUUAGGUGAAGUUAGUAUUAAAUGUAAGUGAACACAAUCCUAGAGGAUAUUCAUAUUAAGUUUCGCUAUUCGUUUUUUCCUUAAGAUGACAAAAAACUUUUAAUCCUAGCAGAAAUACAUAAUAAACAAUAUAUAUU